AUGGAGAGACGCGGACGCGGAGGAGGUGGAAAGGUGCUGCUGCCGCCAAUCAACUACAUUUUCAAGCUCCUUCAGACCCGCGCAAAGGUCUCGAUAUGGCUUUUCGAACAGCUGGGCAUCCGCAUCGAGGGAACCAUCAGAGGUUUCGAUGAGUUCAUGAACUUGGUCGUCGACGAUGCCAUCGAGGUCAAGCAACCCACAAAGACCGACCCCGAAGAGUCGAGAAGAAGCCUCGGUACGCUCUUGUCCACUGCGACAAAUACAAUGCUUCAGGCGCUAACCCGUACCCUCNNAGGCCAAAUCCUCCUCAAGGGCGACAAUGUCGCUCUCAUCCAGAGUCUAUGA